AUGGCCGUUGAGCCUUCUGAUACCAUAGAAAAUGUAAAAGUUAAAAUCCAGGAUAAGGAAGGCAUUCCUCCUGAUCAGCAGCGACUGAUUUUUGCUGGUAAGCAGCUAGAAGAUGGACGCACGCUGUCUGACUACAAUAUUCAAAAAGAGUCAACUCUUCACCUUGUGCUGAGACUUCGUGGUGGUGCCAAGAAAAGAAAGAAGAAGUCUUACACUACUCCCAAGAAGAACAAGCAUAAGAGAAAGAAGGUUAAGCUUGCAGUGCUGAAGUACUACAAGGUGGAUGAGAACGGCAAGAUCAGUCGUCUGCGCCGGGAGUGCCCCUCUGAGGAGUGUGGAGCUGGAGUCUUCAUGGCUAGUCACUUUGACAGACACUAUUGUGGCAAGUGCUGUCUGACAUACUGCUUCAAUAAACCAGAAGACAAGUAAAUGUACUAGACAAUAAAAAUCUGAAGUUCUGUACGGUUUAAGGAU